AUGCUACUGAUCACACUUGCACAUGUGACCGCUCUCCUUCCGCAGUUAAACAACGUGAUUUGCCUUCGUGGAGACUCGACAUCAAUCACUUCCGGUUACCACAAUCCUCCUUCGAGAGUCACGAAUCUUCCACUAUCCGUCGGAUGCUUCGACGUACUCCAAAAAAACAAGGAAAAGUUGAAGAGUAUUACAAGAAACAAGAAAUGCUCUUUGAAGGGUUCAAUGCGAUGGAAACAAUGAGCAAAUCAGGUUUUUCACCUGCAACCCUAACUGAGGAUGAAAUGAACAAUCUUGCUCGGAGUGAGAGAUUGGCCAUCUAUGUGUCCAACAUAGCUAAUUUGGUUCUCUUUGCUGCUAAAGUGUUUGCCUCUAUCGAGAGCAGAUCAUUAGCCGUUAUCGCAUCGACUUUGGAUUCGCUUUUGGACUUAUUGUCUGGAUUUAUUUUAUGGUUUACUUCACACGCCAUGAGAAACCCUAACCAAUAUCACUAUCCAAUUGGGAAGAAUCGGAUGCAACCUGUUGGUAUUAUUGUUUUCGCAUCAAUAAUGGCAACUCUCGGGUUCCAGAUAUUGCUAGAGUCCGCGAGAGAACUUGUUACGGAGACUCAGCCUAACAAGAGCCGAUAUAACGAAAUGUGGGUGAUUGGUAUCAUGGUAUUUGUGACCGCGGUAAAGUUUAUAUUGAUGAUUUAUUGUCAAAGAUUUGAAAAUGAAAUAGUGAAAGCUUACGCUCAAGAUCAUUUUUUCGAUGUCAUCACCAAUUCCGUUGGAUUAGGAGCAACUGUUUUGGCCAUACGUUACAAAUGGUGGAUUGAUCCCGUUGGAGCCAUAAUUAUAGCGUUAUACACGAUAAAUACAUGGGCAAAGACCGUUUUAGAGAAUGUAUGGUCGUUAAUCGGAAGAACAGCCCCACCAGAGUUCUUGGCAAAAUUGACAUAUUUGGUUUGGAACCACCAUGAAGAAAUAAAACACAUUGAUACAGUUAGAGCAUACACAUUCGGGAGUCAUUACUUCGUGGAGGUAGACAUUGUGUUACCCAAGGAUAUGAUGCUAAGUGAGGCUCAUAAUAUCGGGGAAACGUUGCAAGUAAAACUAGAACAGUUGUCAGAAGUUGAACGGGCAUUUGUUCAUAUCGAUUUUGAGUUUACUCACACUCCCGAACAUAAGCAAAAGGUUUGAAUAGCAAUUGUGCUUGUGUUUGUUACAAAUUCUAACAAUAAUGUAUGUUGAUUCCAUGCAUACAAAUUAGUAUUGUAUGUAUUAAUGCAUCAAGCAUGUACAUCUUAAAAUUUAAGUAAUACAACUACACUUGCUUAUGCUUAA